AUGGUGGAGUGGUCAGAUUCUGAGUGCAGUACUAUUGCGAGUGUCUGGUGCAAAAUCAACGUCGAUGAAAUCGGACCCCAGGCUCUGGCAAGGGUGCUGAUUGUUUAUCCCUGGACUCAGAGGUAUUUCGGUGCCUUUGGAAACCUAUCCAGUGCAGCUACUUUGGAUUUAUGUAUUUUCAUUGUUUCAUAUGGCAGGGUGCUGAUUGUUUAUCCCUGGACUCAGAGGUAUUUCGGUGCCUUUGGAAACCUAUCCAGUGCAGCUGCAAUCCUGGGCAAUCCCAAGGUGUCAGAGCAUGGCAGAACAGUGCUAAAUGCGUUGGACAAAGCCGUGAAGAACUUGGGUAACAUCAAAGGCACUUACUCUGAACUCAGCCAGCUGCACUGCGACAAACUCAACGGCGAUCCAGAUAACUUCAGGCUGUUGGCCGAUUGUCUCACCAUCGUCGUUGCGAGCGCAUUUGGAUCCGCGCUCAGCCCUGCUGUUCAGGCCACCUGGCAGAAAUUCCUGUCCGUAGUUGUGGCGGCUCUCUCCAGCCAUUACUUCUGAAGUCCCGCUCGAGAUCUCUGCCUCAAUUCAAUCAUGAUUCAAUGCAUUAAAGAUUUCAAAAGGCAUAUACUGUAUAAAAAAAACAUUCAAUCAAGGGUGUAUUUUGAGUCUUUUGUAUUUAUCAAGUCAGUUAGCUAGACUAUUUUAGCUAAAAAUGAUAGGCUUUCGGUUAAUGAGCAUUUCUCUUUAGAAUUAAUAAAACUGUUGCCAUCAUGUUCAGCCAUCAGCUGAAUAGCUGUUCACAUUGCAGUGCAUGGUUAGUAAUAUUUUAUUUUUCAGCUUUUAGAAGAUUCAAAAUAGUUUUGCUUGAUCUCAAAUUAAUAAACAGACGUAAGGAGGGGAACGUCUCUGACAGGCAGAUGGUUCUGACAUGGAUACAGAAUGGUGGGAUGAUUCUGAAGGUCAUGCUCCAGCUGUAUGAUGCAAGGUGGGCCAUGUGGACAUGUUCAUUAUAUAGACGUUAUACUACGGAUAGUUCUGGAUCUCAGUUCUUUUACGUGUACACACACAAUGUUAUAGGCUACAAUGUUAUAAUUUAAGUUUUAAAAAAUGCAGCAGCAACCCAUGUGUCAGAAUAGUUUGUGGGUUUACCAAGAUUUCUGCGUAAAUUGAUUAAGUGACCAAUGAGAUAAAAUUAAAGUGACCAAUGACAUAAUAAGCACUGGUAAGUUUACUGUCAAAUGGCCUAUACAGCUCUCCAUGGCGAUAGCCAGCGAGGUAACAGUUUAGCUAGAAUGGCGGAAGCUCCAAGAAAAAAGGCGAAAACAUACAAUUUCCAUUUAGAAUGGGACAGAGGUGUAAAGUAUUUGAGUAAAUGUAAU